CGGCGGGCCGCCUGGUGGCGUGUUUCUGAAGUACACCACAUACACUUGUCAGAGCUGCUGCUGCCGCUGCCAUUGGCUGUCGUUUAUCACGUGAUUAUUGUGAAGAUGGCGUCUCCAAAUGGAGGUGAUGAUUUUGAGUCGUCAUUGCUGAGUUUUGAGAAGUUGGAUAGAGCAUCACCAGACUUGUGGCCAGAGCAGUUACCUGGAGUCGCAGAAUUUGCUGCAUCUUGUAAAACUCCCAUCUGCAAUUCACCUCCAAAAUGGAUGUCAGAUCUGGAGAGUGAGGAUAUUGAAAUGUUGAAAGAGCUGGGUAGCCUGACCACAGCCAACCUGAUGGAGAAGGUCAAAGGACUUCAGAAUCUAGCAUACCAACUGGGCUUAGAGGAGUCCAGAGAAAUGACCAGAGGAAAGUUCCUAAACAUCUUGGAGAAGCCCAAGAAGUGAUUUAUCUUUUUGUUUGGAUUUCACAGUGAUUGCAGUCGUUGCAUUCACCAGUACGCUAUGAACAUGUUCAGACAUUCACAGUCAAGUUCAAGGACUGCAUUCUGAUUAAAUAGAGCCAAAUGCUCACUAACAUUGCUGAUGUCUUCUCAUCAGACUCCUCUGUACAACUGCUGUUCUCUAAAUAAUCUUUUUCUUUUUCUUUUGAAAGUUGUUGCUUUUCUCUGGAUUUCUCUCUGUAGAUCUACCUUGAUUAAAUGUUCCCUAAUUAUUCAUACUUUUGAACAUGAAACUUUUUUUUCAGUUUGUGAAAUUAUUUAAUAAACUAUUAAAA